CGGUGGAAUAGGGGCUGGAGACACACAACUAGAGAGAUGGCGCGGCACCCGACCGGAGCGCAAGGACAGCUGGUUGGCGGUGGGGGGGCUUGAAAAUAUAAAGAGAAUCAGAAAAUGAUUUUUUUUAAACAACAAAAAUAUCAAGAAAAAAAGGAUACGAAAAAGGAGUUUCCAUUCUGCAAAACAGCGUCAGAGGCAUAGGAGAAUACAUGCGAAUAUAAGGAGAGAAAUAACUAAAAGCAGGCUGGCAGGCAAGGAAAGAAGAAAAAAGCAACAAAAGAAAAUUGAACUUUACUGGACGUGAGGACUUCUGGACAUCAGGUAGAUCAUUAUAGAUGGUUUGUCCACAGCGCUGCCCGGAUCAUGAACGCACAUCUGUCGAUGGAAAAUAUUGGCGACAUGCACGGAGUGAGCCAUGAGUCCGUGGUCGGUCACGGAGACCUGCUGAGUGGCCACAGUCCGCAUGCCCGUUCCCGGGGUCUCAGCCACCGCGCUAUGGGCAUGGCAACCCUCCUGGACAGCGGGGACUAUCACCCCGGACACCACGGACACCUGCACCCAGCCAUCAGCAUGUGUGAAGUCCCCCCCGGCAUGAGUGCAUGCAGCACUUACACCACCCUUACACCCCUGCAGCCCUUACCCCCCAUCUCCACCGUGUCCGACAAGUUUCCUUCCCAUCAUCACCACCACCACCACCAUCCCAAUCCCCAUCAUCCUCACCAUCAUCCGCACCAGAGGAUCCCCGGAAAUGUCAGCGGCAGCUUUACUUUGAUGCGAGAGGACCGGAGUCUGGCGCCUCUGAACAGUCUGUACCCCGCAUAUCAUCACAAAGAUCCCUGCAUGGGCCAGAGCCUCUCCCCGCUGUCUGGUUCCGGUCUGGCCAGCAUACACACGUCCCAGGCCGGGAUCCCUCCCUACGCUCAUCCCGGUGCCGCCAUGCCUGGUGAGAAGAUGCUCACCCCCAGCGGGUUUGAGGCUCACCACCCCUCCAUGCUCGGCAGACACACGGAGCAGCACAUGAGCUCAUCGGCGGGCAUGGUACAAAUCAACGGCCUCCACCACCACCCACACGCCCACCUAGGCGCGCAGGGGCACGGCCAGGGGCUGGGGAACAGCCGGGAGCAGGCCUCCGGGCCCGGGCAGCAAGGGGGUGGCGGUGGAGGGGGUGGUGUUUCUGGGGGCCAGAUGGAGGAGGUGAAUACCAAAGAGGUGGCGCAGAGGAUCACCACAGAGCUGAAGCGCUACAGCAUCCCUCAGGCCAUCUUUGCCCAGCGGGUCCUGUGCAGGUCCCAGGGGACCCUGUCCGACCUGCUGAGAAACCCCAAACCCUGGUCCAAGCUCAAGUCCGGGAGGGAGACCUUCCGCCGCAUGUGGAAGUGGUUGCAGGAGCCUGAGUUCCAACGCAUGAGUGCGCUCAGGCUCGCAGGUGAGCGAAGCCUCGCAUGUAAGCGUAAGGAACAGGACCACGGCAGAAGCGAGCGGGGGAGCAUGUCCAAGAAGCCCCGGCUGGUGUUCACAGAUGUGCAGCGGCGGACGCUCCAUGCCAUCUUCAAAGAGAACAAGCGUCCAUCCAAAGAGCUGCAGAUCACCAUCGCCCAGCAGCUGGGCCUGGAGCUGACCACAGUCAGCAACUUCUUCAUGAACGCACGCCGCCGGAGCCUCGAUAAGUGGGUGGACGACGGCUCCGGUCACCCUGGCCCCAACUCCUGCACCAAAGCCUGAAGACGGACUGAAAUGACCAACUCAUGGACUGACUCAACCUCGGUGGAAAAGCUUUAAAACUUAUGAGAAACAAAGAGAAACUUAAAAAGACCUUGAAGCAACGUUUUGCCCUUAAACCUGUACUAUAUUGAUAUUUAUAGUAUCCAAAGAUGAAAAAACAAACCAAAGACUUCUUGUUUGACCUGCUUUGAAAUGUUUGUUUCAGCAACACAUUUACGUGUAACAUACUGCAAAAAGACUAUAGUUUUACCCCCCUUCAUACACACUCACUGUCACUGGUCUCUAGCUUUACCCCCCAACACCUCCCCACUCAGUAUCAAUCUAUCAUUCACCAUCCUUAUCUUUAAUCUGAUUGGUUGGUUUUAAUGAUGGGUCCCUAAAUGGAGGUUUAAUCACCCUAUUGGCAGUCUGAUCUGCAGCUGUCCACACCCUUGAAGAACAGCCAGAAUGUGGAGCUCCGGUGGGAUUGGCCAAUCAACUUUAAAGACACAAAAUCCUACAGGAGCGACCGGAUUGUUGUGCAACCUUGUUUGGAUCGGUGGCGGUGGACUGUCUGUCUAUCUGUCUGUCUGUCCAGCUGUCUGUCUUUCUAUCAAGCAUUCCAGACAGACGGGGAAAUGCCCAUGUGUAGACUGCUAACCCAAAACCAAAAAAUCUUGAAAAAUACCAAAAAAAAACCUAACCUCAACACCCAUGGUAGUGCUUUCUUCCAACAUGCUGAAGCGUUGAAUAAUUUAAACAAGAGAAACCAAAGCCUUCUACAACCUGAAGCCUCUCAUGCAUCUUAGAAAUCAAACCACUUCAGAUUCUGCUAUGAAGUAAUCGAACCAAAGAGUCUAUUUUGUAUCUUACCUCUUGAGACUGUUAGUCGCCACAACGAAGAUAAUGUCACCGCUUAUGGUCCAUACCACAUUUGGCACCAUAAGUUCCCCGCGAAUAGAAAUAUUAUAUGACACAACUCUGAGAAUUGACUAUUGAUAUUUGCCUUAUGGAUGCCUUUUCUAAUCAAACCAAAUAUUACAGUGAUAUCUUCACAAACUCUGAAUGUUACUUUAAAUGUGAAGAUUAAUCAUGACAGAUACAUCCUUUCCUCUGAGUCUGUCCCACAGAUUUAGCUAAACUUUAUUUUGAAAUACCAGCAGCCAAAGAACAAAGACUAAUCCAUUCAGUAGUGUGUUAUCGCUGCAAAGGUGAAACCAAAGAUGUUGCCUCUCAUGUUGAGUAUAUGUGACACAGUGAGGGAGACAGACGGCCUCUGAUGGGUUUUUUGUGUCACCACUCUAAUAAUAAGCAUCGGCGUCCCUGUGCAUUUGAUUUUAUCUCCUCAUCAAAGAUGUUCGGUGGAGGGGAUGAUAUCAAUGAUCAAAUCACUUUCAGGCGCUUACACAUCAAUGUCACCUCGUCACCUGAAUACGAAAGCAACCCACUCUGCCUGUUGCAAACCCCCCCCCCCCAUCCUGCCUCCGUAAGCUAUGCAUUCCAGCACUAGGAGGAAAGCACUACACAGAGCUGGCCCAGGGCAGCGUAUCAUUAAAUAUAUCGAGCUGCCCCCCCCCCCCCCGCCGCCAUCCUCCUUAUGGCCAGGGUUAGCAGCUCUACAUCCAUCAGAACAAGCGCUGACGGAGAGGAGAGAGGGAGCUGCUUCUUCACCUCCGAAAGAGAUAACCAAAAAGACGACAAGAAACAAAAAAUGUGUCAAGACCUGCUGAUGUUUUAUAGUGUGUACCAAAGAUGCUACCUCACUCAAGUUCCAUACGUGAUUUCUAUCACUUUGAUGAUACCAAAGAUAACCAAAGAUUUUUUCUCAUUGCACGGCCUCUACGAGUGGUGUUUUAAAGAUGUUGUAUGUCUCCCCUCCCCCCCCCCCCCCCCCCCGGCUCCUCUAUCUCUCUUCCUUUCUUCUCCCCCUCCCACCUGCUCUCCACCCAUGCACCCCUGCUAUGCGUGCUCUUGCUUCAUCUGUGCUCUGAUUACAGCUCCAUAGAUAGUCAUGCUGAUGCAGCUAUAGGCGGAUAUGCUGAUCUAGCCAUACACACAGGUGGCCAUGCAGGGGCAUCUUUGUAGCAGUACCAAAGUAUUUAUUUCACUACAACAUUUAAAAAAAAGCUAAAAUGGUGGUUGUAUAAUCAAAUUAAGUUUUAGUUUGGUGCAUGAUUCACCUUCAUACCCCGCUGUGUCUAUUUUUGCAGCUUUAUUUCUACUCCAGCCUCUUGGUGUGUAUCUAUAGGUUGAUAAUAUUGAUCCACCAUAUAGGUCAGACUUCUUGACAUGAUAAUAGGCAGACAAGCCGACAUAGCCAUGGGCAGAAAUGUUGACUCAACUAUAGGCAGACAUGUUCCUGAAAGUAGAAGCAGACGUGUUGCAAUCUUUCUAAAACUCCCAGGACGAGUGCCUUGCUUGAACCAAAGUGUUAUACCGCUGUUGACCUCUCACCUUUGACUCUGUGAAUACCUCAGCCUGUAGAAGGGCCGCUACUGAAGAGACAAGGAAAGGUUUUUUUUUUUUUUUUUUUAUCACACCGUGGUGCUUUCGCCAGCGCAACCAUGCAAUGAAAACAUACCAAAGGAAUUUCUCUUGUCCACUUCUACAGAUUAAACCAAAGGUCUUUGUUUCUCCUCUCUCUCGCCCCUUCAUCCCUCCUUCCCCAAACCUUCCUCGCCUCUCUGCUGUGUGUAAGAAGGUUCAGCACUCUGGCCGUGCAUGUCUUUACCAAUGUCUCUGAAUACCUCAUAGUAAUAAUUCCUUUGAGUUCUGCAUUGAGACGUCUAUCUGUGAGUAAGGCAGAACUCCACUCGUGUGGUAACUGUUGUUGUUACUUCAAAAAGCUGUAUGAUUAUCUAUUUUGAAGUUGUUGUUUUUUUGGCAGAUGUGCUCUGUUUCAAGUCACGGACGACAAGUUUCAGGGUUGAUGUGUGAAACUUAAGGGAUGGAGGGAGAAGCGUAUUUUUAUCAGACAUUGGGUUAUGCCAAUAUUAUGAUGGUAGACUAUUGCUUUUACAGGGUAAAACCAACUGCUGUGAUAUUGUGUUUAUAUUUUGCCUUUUUCUCUACUUCUGUGUUGUGAUUUUAAUUUAAUUGCAUUUUUGUAAUGGUUAACCACUGCUUUAAUUUAUGCAUUUGUAGAAACUCUAGAUUUGUAUAUAGUAGGUUUUUGAAGAAAAAAAACAAACAAAAAAGAAAGUUUUAUGUUACAGCCUUAUUUCCCACGCUUAGAUAUAAAAGGAGUAGUUUGUAUUCUUCUUCAGCUAAAUCCUAGCCGGCAUUUCAAUGUGUGUUUUAAACACUGCCAGAAACCCAGACAGUUGAUUUGCCAACGCAGACAAAGUGAUACAGGAGCUACUUUGUUGAACAGCUGGCACAAAGCAGUGUGUACGUGUGUGUUUUUUCUAUUCUUUUGACUUUUUAAAAGAAAAACGGUUAUUUUAUGGGUAUUAACUGCACAUCCAAAGAUUUUUAAAACAAACCAAAAAUUGGAAAAAAAUAUGUAUAAUGUUGAAAAGCACUGGCAUUUGUGAGGUAGACUUGUUGAGUUUUGAUUUGCCAUUCGCACGGGUAUAGAAUGUAGAAGGCGUAGGGCUAUGUAGACAAGCUUACUCUACCAUGUGGGGAAUCUCCUGUUCAAUGUACAAUCUGAAGCAUUUGAAACGAGGGCUGCAAGUCCCGCUCACUUUGCUGUCUCAUGCACAGAGUGAGUUGGAGUGGAGGCUGGGCAGCCGGUCUGCCAGGGGCUGUGCCGCGGAGCUGGGUCUGUUUUUAUUGCCGUGGCACUGCCGCCUCGCUCCAUCUAGUAUCUGUUCUUUUGGUACGUACUCGUGUAAUGACUAUGAGCAAAGUCUAAUAAAACUGCAAAGAACUAACCAAGGAAUCAGUGUGUGAGUGUGUGGGGACGAUCACCUGCUUGUUUUGUCUUGUCUGUGGAUGAGUGUGUGCAACUCACAUGUCAAGUGCUGCUGAGGUAUGCAAGUGUGUAUGUGUGUGUUUAUUUGCAUGUGUUUCUUUACUGUGUGUUCUUCUAUUUUUGAAAUCUGUACGUACUGCUGGUGUGUAUGCAUGUGUGUGUCUGAUUGGGGCAUACACCAACAGUGAGUUUGACUCCCUCUGGUUGUCAGAGGCCUUACUGUUAGUACUGCUUCCUUCCAGCACACAGUAUCAGCAUGUGUGCACUCACAGAACGUUUUUCAGCUACGUACAGGUGCUUACAGAACAAGUAUAACUGCAUGAGGAUAUGAAUGAUGCAGUGUGAAUCUAUUUUCCCCCAUUACCACAUUUUCUGUUAUUUAUUUCGUCCAUAAGGAGUUCCCAUGUGAUGGGUGGCUUGGCUACAAGUCUCAUAACAAUACUGCGGCGCCAAAGACAAUCAUCUGGAUCUCUUAACGCUGGGGAACUAGUUUAUCACCCGCAGAGGGGUGUCCUCCAGCUAUUCACAUACAAAAAUGCUUGAAAGGGUUUUGAUAAACAAGCAUAUUUGUUGUCAUAGACAUAAUAGAUUACAGUAGUAGUUCAUCCUGCACUUGCAUUUCCAAAUGAAAUCUCAUUGCUCUCGUCGGCCUUGUGCUCUUGUCAACCUUGUUCUCUUUCUUUUUAUCUUCUCAACUCACAAAGCUUCUUCAGUUUUCAGUGCGUGUGGUUUUGUGCGUGUGUGUGUCUGAGUGUGUGUUUGGGUGCGUGAGUGCCUGUGUGUGUGAGUGUGCCAGAGAGGCAAUACUGUCAGUGUUACUCUCAGAUGUAUAACUCCAUGUCUCAUGACCUGAUUUGUCAUUGCUGUUUCCCAGGCUUUGCUACUGCUUUCUCAGUGCCGUGCAAUAUCAUCUGUUGUGAUUGCUAAGCAAAUUUAAAAAAAAGAAAGAAAAUUGAGAAGCAAGUGAUGAUGUCAUCCAGCUUUUUUCAGUGUUCAAAAUGUUUCAACAUUUCUGUAGUCACAAAAAGUAGAAAAUAAAAUGUUGGUAUUUCCAGC